AGCAGCUGUCAGUGAAUCAUUAAUGGCGUGGUGUUAGUGGACGUAGGAAAGAACUUGUUACGAAAACAAUAUCAAAAAAUCAUUGAAAAUGAGUGCUAGGGGUAUUUUGCCCACGUAUCAAAGGUUCGUAAAUGGUAUGCCGGUUCCGUUUUCCAGAAGAUCCUUUCGCCCUCGCGAGAAAUACGUUAUAUUUUUAGUUUUCGUAACAUUUGGGUUAGUAUGUUUUGGUACAUUCUUUUUCUUACCGGAGUUUCGUACCGGGGGUACAGCGGAAAGUGUAUACAAAGUGUAUGAUCAAAUAAAACGGGCCGCCCCAGAAUUAUUAAUUCCUCCACCGCCUCACCUCGAAGACAGCCGCGAAUCCCCAAAAUUGAUCAGGCACGAAGAAGAUUUUCGUGUCGAUCCCCACGUUAUAGGUGACAGGGAAAAGUUGAAGGCUAAGAUUGACCAGGACGGUGAGUUAAAAGUGCUCGAAAGACCUGACAUGGGGUUCCAAAGGACAUCCUCUACAGCUAGGCAACCCAUUGUUGCUAAUCAGGUAGACGAAAAUGUGGGAGCGGAGGACCUUGGGGGGCCAGAAAUUGUCACUGUGCCCCCUGCACCUAGUGAUCAUUUCCCUCUUACUAUCGGUGGUGAAGAUAAAGAUUCUACUGCCAGAGAACGCAGGGACAAAGUCAAAGAGGUAAGCGUCAAUCACUGGCCCUACAACUCGAUCAACUCCACACUUCUGGGCAUGACUUUGACCAAACCAAAUUUCGACAGGAACAAUAAGAGGCGGUCAGUAGACGCAUCUGUUACCUCAGCACCGGUGACCAUAGGAAGAGGUGGCUUAAAUGCUGCUACAAGUCCUUUAACUGGCUGA